CCGAUCACUCGAUAGUAAACAAAAGCAAACACCUAUGACCGUGAAGGCUGUCAAAAACAGCUGGUCGCUACAUAGAGUAAUUUUCCCCGGUGUAGUUGUUUCACAAAGUCGACAAAGUUUUAAUUUAAAUUUUCAGAGUUUUCUUUAAUUGUGUUGCAUCCAAAAAGGAGAAUUUCAAGCAAAAAUUAUGGUGGUAUCGCAAUCCAAAUUUGUCUUCUGAUAAAAAUCAAAGACGUGAAAAAAUCAAAAUAAUACAGGUUCUUUAAAAACAGAAAAUAGGACCAAACUCUACUAAAGGUGCUUUUCUGAAAUGUAUACUGGUCCAGCCAGUGUUUUUCGCAAUGUCUACAAUCAAGCAUAUUACCAACAACACGAAGUCAGUCGCAGAUUAUCUUAUAGCGCUAAAGAUAGCUUAGAUUACGUUCAACGUCUCGAUCUUUACAGUCAAUUGAAGGUUCACAAAGGGUGUGUCAACACCAUAACAUGGAACGAUCGGGGACAGUAUAUACUCUCAGGAUCUGACGAUCAAUCGCUGGUAAUAACAGAUCCUUUCGAAGAGAAAAUACUGAUAAAAUGCAAGACUGCACAUCGAGCUAACAUAUUUAGUGCAAAAUUUAUGCCUCAGUCGAAUGAUCGUACCAUUGUAUCAUGUUCGGGUGAUGGAAUGGUUAUGUGCACAGAACUAACGUCAGAUGCAUCGCAAAUACCAAAAAAUGAUAACUUAAAGUCUUUUAAUUGCCAUAAUAAUGGCACAACGUACGAGGUGAUGACUGUUCCUACUGAACGGCAUACAUUUAUGAGUUGCGGCGAAGAUGGUACUGUACGCUUAUUCGAUUUACGCACAACUUCUAGUUGCCAUAAAACCUGCUGCAAGGAUAAUAUUUUGAUAUUUUGCCCAUCCGCCAUAACAGCUAUGUCAGUAGCGCCAAUAUCGAACAACUAUAUUGCAGUGGGGAGUUCGGAUAGCCUCAUUAGAAUAUACGAUCGACGAUAUUUGUCUUUGAUUGAUUUCAGUGUGCCUGGCGAUCAAACAGAUCGGCACACAGCCCCUGUAAAAGCCUACUCAAUUCCAUCGCCAGUCAAGCGAACGUAUCGAGUCACUUCAAUUAAAUAUAGUUCCGAUGAAACUGAGUUACUGGUUAGCUACUCGUCAGACUAUUUAUAUCUGUUCGAUUUAAGUCAGCCUGGCAUUGACUUGAAGACCUUCAAAAAUGAGAAGAAAAUGAAAAAGAAAUCGAAUCUCUUAGAGUCGCCGCCACCAGUUCGUAAAGUUAGAUUGCGCGGUGAUUGGUCAGAUACAGGUCCAGAUGCAAGGCCAGAACGCGAUGCAAAUGGUCGAGUUGAAAUUGGCCAAGUAAGACCUCAGCUGCAAGGAGUAAUGAUGCAUCGGAUGACAGAAAUUUUGUCGAGAAUGUUAGCUGAUCCUCGAACACGCCUAGGAUUGAAUACUCAUGCUAGUGAUCCGGCGCAGGAUAGUACGCUGUUCGAUAAUGCUGCCCAAGAAUUAGAAAGCUUAACACAAACAAACUCUUCAGGGGAGCCACAACCUUCUACUUCAACUGGAAGAACUCACAAAUCAACACCGUCUUCCUCAAAUCAAAUACCGGAGGAGGAUGUCUCUAGCUGUGAUAGUGACGAUGAAAUAACAUCAAACCAACAUGGAAAUGACUCGUUUAAAGUUAAAUUAUCAAAAAUGGAGGUGGAACCAGAACGAUCGCCAUUUAGCUACAUGAAAAUGAAAUAUGACGGCCAUCGAAAUGCUCGAACAAUGAUAAAGGAGGCCACAUUUUGGGGCAACGAAUAUGUUAUGUCGGGAUCGGAUUGUGGUCAUGUUUUUGCUUGGAAUCGAAAGAGUGGUAAAUUAGUAAUGCUCUUGCAAGCUGAUCAGCAUGUUGUUAACUGCCUACAACCACAUCCAACAUUGCCCAUGCUUGCCACGUCUGGGAUUGAUUAUGAUGUGAAAGUUUGGGCACCAGUUCGUGAAAGCAACGGAUUUGAUGAACAACAAGCUAAAGAUCUAAUGGAACGAAAUGCGGUUAUGUUAGAGGAAACCAAAGACACAAUAACCGUUCCAGCUGCUUUUAUGAUGCGUAUGUUGGCCUGUAUACAUGCUUUGCGAAAUCGCAGAUCAUCUGCUUCCGGAGGCUCAGCUGCACCAAAUAAUAGUUCGACUAGUGGUGGUCAAUCUAGUGAAGAUUAAAUGUGUUAAUACGCAUUCUCCCCCGAUCUCAAAACUCAGUAGAUUUACACCAUUUUUUUCAUGUUAGCUAGGGAACUAUCGCGUGCAAAUGCACAAUUUUAAAUAACAUUAAUUCAACGAAGCAAUGCAAUAUGUUUCAACUGAUUUUCUGUGUUUAAUUGCUUAAUACCAAAUAUUUGACAUAUUUUUUUAAAAAAAAACUGGUACUGUAUUUUUAGGUUUAAAUAAUUUGCUGUUAAAAACAAUGACAUGAUUUUAAUGAUCAAUAUGCAUAUGCGAAAUGAAAUUGUAAUAUUUCUUGUUGAUAUCUGAUUAAAAGAGAUUAAUAAUCAAA